AUGACCGACAGUCUUCCUAAUCCGGAUCAGGCGCUUCUACAGGCACAGUGGCUGCUGCAGAGAGUGCCGCUAAUCGAUGGGCACAAUGACUUUCCGUUCAUGGUCCGCGGGCUUUAUUCAAAUCAGCUGAGCCAGGGAGGACUGGCGAAUUUUCCUAUAGGGCAAACGGACAUCGCUCGCCUGCGACAGGGCAUGGUGGGAGGCCAGUUCUGGAGCGCUUACGUGCCAUGCCCGAAUCAGCGAGAAUCAGCAUCAGACGAUCUAGAACUCGAAUGCCUCCGCCAAACACUUCAGCAAAUCGACGUGAUCCACCGGAUGGUAGAACGAUACCCGAAAGUCUUCGGUCUCGCUCAGACGACAAGAGAUGUCUGGAAGACUUUUCGGUCAGGGCGUAUCGCUAGCCUCAUCGGAAUCGAGGGUCUGCAUCAAAUUGCAAACAGUUCCAGUGUCCUGAGGAUGUUGUAUCGACUCGGCGUGCGGUACGCGACCUUGAGUCAUACCAAAAACAACCAGUACUGUGACUCGGCAACUGACCAGCCCCUUCAUUACGGGCUUAGCGAGAUUGGAAAGACCAUGAUCCACGAAAUGAACCGCGUAGGAUUGAUGAUAGACUUGUCCCAUACGAGUACCUCCGCUCAGCAGGCAGUCCUAAAGAUCUCAAAAGCCCCUGUAAUAUUUUCCCACUCUGCCUGUGGGACCCUUGUACCACACGCCCGCAACGUGACAGACGACGUAUUGCACAUGCUGAAGGAUAAUGGGGGGGUCAUCAUGAUAUGUUUCUUGCGUGAAUUGGUUGAUCCGACCGGCGGUGCAAAGGCCACCUGCUCGCAAGUCGUCGAUCAUAUCCUGUACGCGGCCAAACGAAUGGGAUUUGACCAUGUUGGAAUCGGAUCCGAUUUUGAUGGCAUGUUAGAAGGACCGGAGGGACUAGAUGAUGUGUCUUCCUUUACCGGACUUGUGGCUCAGCUCUUACAGCGAGGGGUAUCUGAACCCGACGUCGAGAAAGUUGUCGGCCUCAACAUUCUUCGAGUCCUUCAGGAGGUGGAGAAUGUGGCUUCUCGGGAGCAGACUACCAGCACUAUGGACCAUCUCUGCGAUGAAAUCAAGCCGAUGUGGACGGCCGAACAGAAGGAGAUGCUACACGUUCAAGGAAAGAAACGAGGCCUUACACAAGCCAAUGAGGAGGAGCUAGAAUAA